CACUCUCUGGGCAACAUGACGACGAGCACCCUUUUUCUCUUCAUCCUCCCCCUCUUCUCAUCCCUUGCUGUAAGCAUUGGUUUCUCCAGCAGCGGCGCCAACGGUGGAGACAAAAAUCCGUUCACACCAAAGGCGUACGCUCUGCGGUACUGGGACAAAGCCAUUCAAAACACGCUUCCAAAGCCAUCCUUUCUCACCUUCAAGGCCUCGCCAUUAACCGCCAUCCACUACAACAAUAUAGAUUAUUUUUUAGGAGCCCAAAGAAGAAAAAAAAUAGCUGGGUUCAAAGAAUACGGUGUGAACACGACCUUCAAGGAUUACAACAAAGACGGUGUCUCCUUCUCCGGCUACACCAACGCCACCACUUCUUCCGCCCACAUUAGUGGCAGUCUGGCCAAAAAAUGGGUGGAACCAGGCAAAUUCUUCCGCGAAAGCAUGCUAAAGGAAGGCACUAUUAUGCCCAUGCCGGACAUCAAGGACAAGAUGCCCAAAAGGUCAUUUUUGCCCCGUUCCGUUUUGACCAAAUUACCCUUCUCCACCUCCGAGCUCAAGCGCAUCUUCAAGGCCUCCGAUGAAUCCUCCAUGGACAAGAUGAUAAAAGACUCCAUGGGAGAGUGCACCAGAGCUCCCAGCGCGGGGGAGACAAAACGAUGCGUUGGAUCUGUGGAGGACAUGAUCGACUUUGCAACUUCCGUUUUGGGGCGUGACAUUACCGUUAGAAGCACCGAGAACGUUAAGGGGUCAAAGAAGAAUGUGAUGGUGAGUAAGGUCAAAGGGAUCAACGGUGGGAAAGUAACCAAAUCUGUUUCUUGCCAUCAGAGCUUGUUCCCUUACUUAUUGUAUUACUGCCACUCGGUUCCUAAGGUUCGGGUUUACGAAGCGGAUCUUUUGGACCCGAAUACAAAAGCUAAGAUUAACCACGGUGUUGCCAUCUGUCACUUGGACACCACUGCUUGGAGCCCAACACAUGGCGCAUUCAUGGCCCUUGGAUCGGGUCCUGGUAAGAUUGAAGUUUGCCAUUGGAUCUUUGAGAACGAUAUGACUUGGACCAUUGCUAAUUGAGGAACAACGGAUAAUAAUGGAUUCGAAGCAACCUCUCCAUCAUCAGUUAAUAUAAGAUUUUAAUUUCAUCCCUACUACCAAUUAGUUAAGUCAUGGUCGUCAGACCGUGGUCCUUUAUUAUUAUUAUUUAUUAGUUAUUACUAUUAAUUUUUUGUGGUCAUGCAUUUGGAUCCGAGUAUAUAUAGUUUAUGUAGUUGUUAAAAUAUAUAAUGACGAGAUUGCCUU